CCCACAUUUUUUCUCCAUGCAUUCUCAACUCAUAGAAGCCCUCCAGGUAAACAAGGGGAUAUCACAUCUCUACGGUUUCAAAUUAAACAUGGCUUCUCCCAAAACCACAACCUCAAUUGCUUUGUUCUUCUGCCUUAACCUUCUCUUCUUUUCCCUUGUCACUGCUUGUGGCUCGUGUUCUCACCCUGUCACAAGGCCAAAACCAAGCCCGAGUUUUGGGGGUCAUCCUGGUCAUGGUGGAAGCCCUGGUUCCGGCAGUAGUCCUGGCUCCGGUGGAAGCCCCGGUUCCGGUGGUAGUCCUGGAGCAGGUGGAAGCCCAGGUUCCGGUGGUAGUCCUGGCUCCGGUGGAAGCCCAGGUUCCGGAGGUAGUCCUGGCUCUGGUGGAAGCCCAGGUUCCGGUGGUAGUCCUGGCUCUGGUGGAACUCCUGGUUCCGGUGGUAGUCCUGGCUCUGGUGGAACUCCUAGUCCCGGUUCAGGUGGCAAUAAUCCAGGCACAGGUGGAGGUACUUGUCCAAGAGAUGCUCUCAAGAUAGGUAUAUGUGCUAGAGUGCUUUCCCUAGUAAACGCAACUAUUGGUUCACCACCUGUUACUCCAUGUUGCACUCUGAUUCAAGGGCUAGCUGAUCUUGAAGCUGCUAUUUGUCUUUGCACUGCAAUAAGAGCAAGUAUUCUAGGCCUUAAUAUAAACCUCCCAAUUAAUCUCAGCUUGCUACUUAACGUUUGUAGCAGAAACAGUCCUCGUGAAUUCGAAUGUCCCUAAAGUUGCUCUUAAUUAGAAAUCUCAAAAGGGAAAAAUGAAAGCUGUUUUCAUUAUGCAUGUCUUUGGUUUGCUUGUUUUGAAAUUAUAAUUAAAAGUCGUAGUGUAUGUGUUUUGCAUGCCUUUUCCUUUGUAUUAAUAAUGUAUGUCUGAUCCCUACAUGAGAUUUUGAGUCUUCGUAUCUUAUAAUUAUUAAUCAAAUAUAUUGGGCUCUUGAAAAUA